AUUUUUGAUUCGUCACAUUUGACAAACGGUCCCUAAUUGAAACUCAGCACUAAGCUGAGUGAUAAUAAUUUCGAAGCACUUAAGACUAGAAGAAAUGUUUCACAAGGGUGGUGAUGGGCGACCAAGGGGGUUUGGUUUUGGAAGUUUUACACUAGGAGGAAAAAAACCAGAACCUCAGCUUAAUCAGAGCCCCCUUGAAUCUCAUAGUCUCUCUGCUGUGCCACCUCCAAUGGUGAAUAAGCAUGGAUAUGCUGGACUACAAGCUAUCACUCAGAAUGCUAUGGCAGCCAGCUUUGGACUUCCUCGUAAGCGACCAAAGACUGAAGAAGAAUAUUUUGAGCAAGAAGAUGAUGAAGAAAACAACAGUAAUUUGGCUUACAUCCCUGCUCCCGGAAGUCCAACCUUGAUGGAGGAAAAACAAGAAUCAGAUUCUGAUAGUGAAGAAGAUCCACUUGAUGCUUUUAUGGCUGGCUUGGAGAAAGAAGUGGAGAAAGAGAAGGAGAAAAUUGUUGAAACUGAAGAAAAAGACAAAUUACAGGCAAAGGGGGUUCGAGAUGACAUAGAAGAAGAAGAUGAUGAAGAAUCUUAUUAUCGAUACAUGGAGGAAAACCCUAAUGCAGGGAUAGAUAAGGAAGACAGUGAUCAGGAAUUAGAAUAUGAUGAAGAUGGAAAUCCAAUUGCUCCUCCAAAGUCAAAGUACAUAGAUCCUCUUUCUGCAAUUGACCAUUCUACAAUUCAGUAUGCUGAUUUUGCAAAAAAUUUUUAUGAAGAGCAUGAAGAUAUUGCUCAGUUAACUCCAUCAGAUGUUCAUGAGUUGAGGAAAAAGUUGGGAAUCCAAGUUUCUGGUGCAGCACCACCAAAGCCAGUGACAAGCUUUCCACAUUUUGGGUUAGAAGAAAGGCUAAUGAAAGCCAUUCGGAAAUCUGAAUAUACUCAACCCACACCAAUUCAAGCUCAGGGAGUGCCUAUUGCCCUAAGUGGAAGAGACAUUAUUGGUAUAGCAAAAACUGGGUCGGGAAAAACUGCUGCAUUCAUUUGGCCCAUGAUUGUUCACAUUAUGGACCAGAAAGAACUUCAGCCAGAUGAUGGUCCUAUUGGGUUAAUUUUAGCCCCUACAAGAGAACUGGCACAACAGAUCUAUAUAGAAGCUAAACGAUUUGGUAAAGUUUAUGGGCUUCAUGCAGCUUGUUGUUUUGGUGGAGGAAGCAAGUGGGAGCAGUCGAAGGCCUUGCAAGAAGGAGCAGAGAUUGUUGUUGCUACACCUGGUAGAAUGAUUGAUAUGAUCAAGAUGAAAGCAACCAAUUUGGAAAGAGUAACGUUUCUAGUGUUGGAUGAAGCUGACCGAAUGUUUGACAUGGGAUUCGAACCACAAGUUCGGUCCAUCUGUGAUCAUGUAAGGCCAGACAGACAAACCCUGAUGUUUAGUGCCACAUUUAAAAGGAGAAUUGAACGACUGGCACGAGAUGUGUUGACAGAUCCCGUGAAAGUUAUUCAGGGAGAACUUGGAGAAGCCAAUGAGGAUGUAACCCAGUUUGUUUUGGUAUUGCCACAUGGACCUUCUAAGUGGGCAUGGCUGUGCAACAAACUUGUAGAGCUAACUUCAACGGGGAGUGUUCUAAUUUUUGUAACAAGAAAGGCAAACAGUGAAGAACUUGCGACCAAUCUUAAAGUAAAAGAAUUUGAUGUGGCUUUACUCCAUGGUGAUAUGGACCAGAAUGAGAGAACAAAAGUAAUUUUAUCUUUUAAGAAGAAGGAAGUGCCCAUUCUAGUGGCAACUGAUGUUGCUGCCCGAGGUCUAGAUAUCCCUCACAUCAAAACAGUGGUGAAUUAUGAUGUAGCUCGUGAUAUUGACACUCACACCCACCGUAUUGGUAGGACUGGUAGAGCAGGAGAAAAGGGUAUAGCUUAUACACUUGUGACAGAAAAGGAUAAGGAGUUUGCUGGACACAUUGUAAGGAAUUUGGAAGGAGCAAACCAGCCAGUGCCUCAAUCUCUUAUGGAUCUAGCUCUACAGAGCUCUUGGUUCCGUAAGUCCAGAUAUAAGCAAGGCAAGGCAAAGAAAUUGAAUGUUGGAGGUCGUGGGUUAGGCUUCAAAGAAGAAUCUUCUUCAGAGAAUAUCUUCAGUAAAAACAGCUCACAUUUUCCUUCUGCUCCUAAAGCAUCUGGUCCUGGUACAGACCGUUUAUCUGCUCUGAAAGCUGCAUUUCAGUCUCAGUACAAGUCUCAGUUCUGUGCAGCCACAGACACAGCUUGGACAAUUAAUAAGCCUACUCCACCUUCAUCAUCUGCAACAGCUGAGUCAAACAACUCCAGUACUUCUGGAUCAAACUCAUCUUCUUCAUCCAGUAAAUCCAGAAAAAAGAGUCGCUGGGAUAGCUAAUCGUCCUAAUAUUUAUAUUUUAUGGCAUAUAUGUGUGUAUUGUAGUAUAAAGCUAGGAACUUUGUGAAACUUAACAUCUUUGUUAUUUUAAAAAAAUAGCAAGUUUGCAUUAAAUCCCCAUUUGUCAGUUUAUACCCAGUUACUGAAUUACCACAGAUUCAGUAAUUUAAAUCUUGCUAAACAUUUAUGUGAGAAACAUGAAUUAGCAACAAAGCUGACAAUCAGAGUAAUCCAUAUUUGUUUUACUUGUUAACUUGAUUUGAAGACGUUAAUAAAAAAUACAGUCUUUAAAAGAAAGUCAUUGUGACAACAGUUAUCAACAUUUGUUUAUCUACAUUAUGGUUGUGGAAUAUGCCUGUCUAAUCAGUAUUGGUUUAAAUGUUAAAUAUUUUGUAUGGAGAAACAUAUGUAAUAUUCUACUGCAUUAACAUAUGAAUCAGACAAAAGUUUUCUAUGCUGUAUUAUUAAAGGAAAGUAAAUUAAAUAAGAACAUAGGAAAUUGCAAGAAAUUAAAAAAUUACAAGAAAGUACUUUUAUAAUGGUAUUAUAGAUUAUUUUAAUUUAGUAACAUGUGAAAGAUGACACUGUCUACUUGUAAUAAAGCCCUCAAAGCUGAACUUGUUAAACAUUAUUAACUGAAUCAUUUGAACUGUACACCAUGUGUAGUGUUAUCAAAAACUGAGAAAAGUGAAAAAGGAAAUAUGUAAAUAGAGUUAAAAUGUCUGCAAAAACAAAUGCAUUCUUAACCUCAUGAUACACGUAUGGACAAUGAAUAUAUAUGGUAAUUAUAUAUUUGUGAUAUCUCUAAUGAAUUAGAACUUAAUUCAUAACUAAUGUAAAUUGGUGGAAACAUUUAUUCAGAAUUUUUAUAAAGGCUUGCACAACAAUAUAAUAUGAUUCAAUUAUCUGUAAAGAGCUAAGCUCUAAUAGUGUCAUGUUUUCAACCCUCUAUUGCAUAUUGUAACAUACACCAAAUCAAUCUAUCUUUGUUGCAUAAUACAAGUACAAGUGCUUCAAUUCUGUAGUUGAAUUCUCUUAUUUCUAGAUAACAGUCUAAAUAAAACGUGGAAUUAUUUA